AUGGAUCCGUUUACCGAGGUGAGUGCACAGUUUGUUUCUAAGCUAGCAAGUUACGGGUAACAGCUAGCUAAGGUAGCUGCCAUGGCCAGCUAAGGUAACACGUUAGCCAACAAAACAUUGUUUCUUGUUGCAGUGCAUGAAGAUGGUAAACUUGUUUGAUAGUCACUGUAAAGCCCAUAUUUGGUCACGUUAACUUACUAGCUAGUGUUUAAGUUAGCUGGUUACGGUUGCUAGCUAGCUGGUAGUAACUUUGGGACACAACAGCGGAAGUCUGUGUAUUGGUUGGAGUCAAACUAAUACAGACUCCAGACGUUGUGUCCCAUAGCUAGGUAACUAGUAACUACCUCAACUUGUUCUUCAACAAAUGUGGAUUUAAAUAUCUUAACUAACUAGUGUUGCUAGGUUGCUAACUUUGGCUUUAUUCAAAUGUAUAACCCUAACGUCAACUGAAAGUUGUUGGAAACGUUGCUAGCUAACGUUAGAUAGCCAAGUCAAAUAUUAUAGAAGCGACAUCUAAACCCCGACACCUUCCAUACCGUAUAUCAUUUUAUAGCUGAAGUUAGCUAGCUACCUUUCAUCUUCAUAAUACUGUUCUAAAAUUGCAUGCCAGCAUAAGGCAGUCAGAUUGUCAUCUUGUCAAAAAAACUCAGCCCCUCCCCUAACGUGCGAGCAGGGAGAGAGGAAUCUAGCGAAUAAUGGAUUCGUUAGUCAAAACUACAGUAUGACGAAGAGAAUAGUAUGAAUACAGGAAUAAGUGUUUUCCUCCUUCAUUUCCAUACAACAGCUGUCGGUCAAUUUCACUUUCUGAUGCACUCUUGUCAACUUUAUCAAUUUGAUCAAAUGUGCCAGGAGUGAGUGGAUAAUUUAUUAUUAUAUUUAAAUCACUCCAGUUUGGAACUAAGUGUGUUUCAUGACAAUUCGGAUAUAGAAAAAACAGUGGCAGGCAGCAGUAUACAAAAUCCCUCAAAUUUCCAUUCCAACCAAUAGAAAUGCCCGGGAGAUUUCAAAUCCAGUAGCUGCAACAGUCAGGAGUGGCUCAUUCUUAAGGAAUGACACACACUUUGUAACAAGUUUUCCACACAGCCUGGCUUGAUGAGAGAUGCUCAGGCAACUGAAACAGUCAGGAAUGUGUUGAGUCUUGCACUGUAUCAGCCAGGGCUCUUGCCCAGGUCAAUAAAUCAUGCCUCAGGACUGUUUGCCCUUGACUGGGAGGCCAGCUAGGGUUUUGGUGUACAUAUGAGAACAGAUGGGAGAAGAGGCCAGGGAGAAGGAGUUUAGAGACAACUGCAGCCUUUUAUCUCCCCCAGAACAAGUAGUUUUUCUUGACCCUGUGACAUGGACUAAAACAUUUUCACUAUUCUAAAACCAUAGACCCCCGCCAUCCACUGCUCACUAUGGGUGCAAUAAAGCAGAAAAGGAAAAUGUACUGAAAUGUCACUAACUUAAGUUUACGGUGGUGUGGAAUGUCCCUCAGUAUGUCACUUUUAUCUGUGCUAGUCAGUGCUGUACAGAUGGUAAGUCAGGCUACUCCUGAGUUAUGUUCUUAUUAGAUUAAUUUAAAUUAUAAGAGAAAAACAAGAAUUGGUGCAGACAGUGCUUUUAAAUGGAAAUGUGUUGUAUUUUGUAAUAGUGUAUUUUUGCCUGUUCAGAAACUCCUGGAGAGGACCCGUGCUCGCAGGGAGAACCUGCAGAAGAAGAUGGCAGAGAGGCCCACUGCUGCUAACAGACAGAUGGCCAAGCGAGCUAGGGAGCCUCUGGCUGAGACCCGCAACAGCCUGGUCACAGAGCCUGUCAUCGAAAAAGGUAUGAUCUUACACAUUUAUUCUCAAUGUGAUACAUCAUCAUUUCUCAAAUUCAUUUUAUUUGCUACCCCAGUGUUCCCUCUGGCUGCGAUAGUAAGUAUUGCAUUGAUGGGAAUUAUUUUAAUUUAAACUGUAGGUGGCUCCAUUAGCCUUUAGGAGGUGGUUGAACUUCCUGCCCUGCACAUGCAUAGCUUUCCAUACAGGAAGCUUGACCUUUGUAACGGCUCACUGAGAAUGCUCUGUUCAAAUCAAAUCAGAGGAAUGGGUCUAGGGCUGCAGCUUUCCCUAUGCUGUAUUCAAAUAUAGACAAAAUGGUGAUGUUUCAGAUCGUAUGUAUAUUUGUGAGCUUUAAUAUGAUACUCAAGGCAAAUAUUUAAAUUCAUUUUGCGGAUUGGAAAUCUCCCAGUGUGUAAACUUAACUCAUGGUCUUUCUCACUUGACCCCCCUAGCCCCCCACCCGUCCACCAAGCCCUCUCCCUCAAAGCGGAGUCGUUCAGGUGAACUUGGUCAGCCCACCAUUAUUGGUGAGGAGAACAGGGAGCCUUCGAUGACUCCUCACACUCUGACAGACCCCCAGACUGACCGGAAGCCCCCAACAGGCCCAGCCAGCAUCCGCUCUUCUCUGGAGAGGGUGGCUGUCCGCGCUCCCGUUCCUGAACCAGAGCCCAUGGUGGCAGCACAGCUUGUCCCAGAGCAGGUCAAGUCCAGGGAGGUAGCACGCCCUGCCCCAGAACCAGAGAAGGUAGCUGUGAGUGCUGCUCCACAGCCACAGAGGACCAGGAAUGUGGAGGUGGUCCCUGCUAGCCCGGUUCUUCAGAGGAACAGAGAAGAGCAGAGGGAGGCUCCCACCUCCUCUACCCCUGCUGCCAUGAAGUCUCGCCUGGCCAGACUGGCUGAACAGAGGCAGUACUGGGACGCUGAAGGUCAAUUUCAUUUGUACAUGUAGCACCUGCUUAACCUUUAUAGAUCACCCGAAAACCAAAACGUUUACACAACUUCUAAUAUGAGUUUGGAAUGGGACUACAACAAUCAUAUUAAAAACAUAUUUGCUUUUGGCUGACAAAAAUGAAUGUGUAUGUUUUUCCCUUUAAGGUACCUCUGAGGUUCCAGACAUCCCAGCAGCUCUGUCCCCAGUAAAGAGCCAGACCCAACUAAGGCAGGCUGUGGCCCCGAUCCCCGCACCCGUCCCUGCUGCUGCGUCCUCAGAAGCCCCCAUGGGCCGGAAGGGUCGGCUGGCCAACCUCGCUGCCAGCAUUGGGUCCUGGGAGGACGACCUCGGCCAUGUGGCCCCUUGCAGCAGAGACAAUGCACAAGGGAAGCCUGGUAGUUUCAGUACCGUCACCCCUGCUUGGAGGAGAGAGGCUGGUGCUGGAGCCAAACCCGUCUCUGCUGCUGCAGACCGGACACAAAUGAGUCAGACAUCAAACAGCAAGCCUGUUCUGGACUCCAACCAGGUGAGUCAUAAUGUGACAGUUGGCUUAGUUAUUAAUCAUGAUGUACAUAACUGUUGUGUGAGUAAUAUGUCCAUGCAUGGGAGAGACUGAUUCUAUAGAGAAGAUUAAGAUACGAAGUGGUGAUGCUUUGCAAGAAAGCGAUGUGCAGUAACAACUUAUUUUAAAUAGUUGUGUCAUCGCACAUGCACAAUACUUUUUGCGAUUUUCUGAAUAGUUUGGUUAAUAAUUUCUCUCUUGCAUUUCUUCAGCAGCCUUUCAACUCCACCAAAGCGGUUCCCCCCAGCCCACAGAAGACUGAAGUACCUGAAGCCAGACCAGCUCGACAGACAGGCAGAGGUCUCCCCUCUCCUGUAUCCAGUCUCCAGAGGAGUUACCAGGGGAGAGCCUCAGCCUUCACCCCCAGCCCCCAGAAAGGUGCUCCCUCCUCAGCCUCACCUGUGCCUCAGAGCCCUCUGAAGAACCAGGCCCUGUCCCGAGCCCUGGAGGUCAAUGCUAGCCCCAAGAAUCCCGAGCUCCCCACCAAGCCCUCUAACACUGGGCCCUCUGUCCUGCAGACCAGGGAGAGGUUCACCAAUGAGACUUCCCCGGCCACUCCCCUGCAGCAGAGAGGCGUCGCAGGAGCAACUGGAACUCCAGGUGAGCGAGAAUGAGCAUUCAAUUUAGCUUUGUAUUUCCUACGCUAAAGUUUACAUCUUAUUAGAUUGUUCUGGAAUAGCAGAUGUUUUAAUACGCAGUCUCUGCUCAUUUGUCCAUUGCUGUGUUUCAAACAUGUUUAAGUCCUCUUCCAUUGUUCUCCCAAGAGUUUCUAAAUAUUUGUCUGUUUCCAACAGGUGUCAAGUCGUUCAUGGAGCGUUUUGGGGAGAGGUGCCAGGAGCGCUCCGGCCUGAGUUCCGCUGAUACCAGCCAUGGAGCUGCCACUCGUACCCCGACCGUAGUGAACCCGUCUGGGGCAGGCCUUGCUGGUCGUACCCCUGUGGUGAGCCAGUCUGGGACCCCCAACACCAGGCUGGUGCAGGAGACGCUGAGAGCUGCCCAGGUUGCCAACACCACCACCGCUGACCUCGCGCAGAAACUGGUACGUACAGUCUUAGUUUUGCCUUUGUACAGCACUUUGGCAUUUAUUUUUGUUAUAAAUAGCUCUUUUGAAAAUAAAAGUAUUACACAUGUAUUAUGACAUUUGUUUUGUGACCAGAAUGUUGACAAAUUGAUGAAAAAUCGUAAUUUUCUUGUUCUUUAUCGCAGGAGCGUGAGUCGGAACUGGCUCAUAUUCGUAACCGCUUCCAGAAAGGGAACAACAUUUGGAAGAACAAGGAUGAAGAGGCAGACGCCAAGAGAAACACAGUGGCCAAGGUUGGUGGUGAAGUAUAUUUAUUUCGACCACGGUUGGACCAAACUUCAUAUGUGCAGACUGUUGUAUGAUGGACGACUGCAAAGCAGUUAGAAAGGAAAUGUUAAAUGAGCCUGUAGUAAUUUUUCUCAGGAUCUGAUUGAGCAGCCUGGGGAGAGACGGCCUGUUGUCUCCCAGCCUGAUGCUGAGCCAACAGCUUCCCCUCUGGAUAGCCUGAAUGCAGCACCCAAGAAACCCAAUGUACCUGCUGCCACCACCCCAACCUCUAGCCCUGUGAAGCGAGUAGAAUUCUCAGUGGAGGAAUCAGGUACUGUACAUAGUAUACUACUUGAUCAUACCAACUUGGAUUUCUAUGAGUACACUGAUCAUAAAAAUAAGUCUUCAGACGCUUGAAUCAGAUGCAAGUUACAGCGUUUUAAUGUCCUAAUGUUUCAGUCAACAAAAAAAUUAAUUAGAGCAGUCAUCCUUAAAAUCUACGUUUAUACUGAUGCCGUCACUAUAUAAUAUUCCACUCACGAUUGUCUCACUGCAGACGAAGAGAGUCAUGAGAGAGAGGUGAACGUGGACCAGUCCAUCAACUCUGAUGUGAUCAACGGGAUCUUUGACGGGGUCCAUGACCAGAGCGAGGUGCAGAGUGGUGAGGAGGAAGAUAAAUUGAACAUUUCCUCUAUGUCCAUCCUGGCCCCCUUCUCUGAGACUGUGGCUUCUGUGGUCAAGAGCCCAGUGAGGAAGAUGAUGGUCAGUUACAGCGCAAAGCUGGAAAAAAAACUACAAGCAUACAAAAAUAUUUCAGCCAUUUAAUGUCUUGGAUGUACAACUGUGUUUUAAUGCAAGCUUGUCAUAUGUUAAUUGCGCCCAUUGACUAGAUAUAAUGUUAUGGCCAAUUGUAUUUUUUUUGGGAUAACCUAAUUACUUUUUCAUGUAUAUCCCUACCCAGACGUCAACCCCAGCCAGUUCGUUCAACGCUAAGAGCCAGACUCCUGACAGUGUUUCCAGACCCAGUAAGUUCCAGAGGGCUCACAUGCUCCGGGCCGGGUCAUCAGACAGCCUAGAAGAGACAGACGAACAUGAUGGCCACAACCUGCCCUACAGGUAACCAAUCAAUCAAAUUGAUUUAUAAAGCCCUUUUUACAUCAGCAGAUGUCACAAAGUGCUAUACAGAAACCCAGCCUAAAACCCCAAACAGCAAGCAAUGCAGAUGUAGAAGCACGGUGGCUAGGAAAAACUCCCUAGAAAGGCAGAAACCUAGAGGAACCAGGCUCUGAGGGGUCGCCAGUCCCCUUCUGGCUGUGCUUACAUUUACAUUUUCGUCAUUUAGCAGACGCUCUUAUCCAGAGCGACUUACAAAUUGGUGCAUUCACCUUAUGAUAGCCAGUGGGACAACCACUUUACAAUAUUUUUUAUAUAUCUAUUUUUGGGGGUGGGGGGGCGUUAGGUAAGGGUGGGUAGAAGGAUUACUUUAUACUAUCCCAGGUAUUCCUUAAAGAGGUAGGGUUUCAAGUGUCUCCGGAAGGUGGUGAGUGACUCCGCUGUCCUGGCGUCGUGAGGGAGCUUGUUCCACCAUUGGGGUGCCAGAGCAGCGAACCGUUUUGACUGGGCUGAGCGGGAACUGUGCUUCCGCAGAGGUAGGGGGGCCAGCAGGCCAGAGGUAGAUGAACGCAAUGCCCUCGUUUGGGUGUAGGGACUGAUCAGAGCCUGAAGGUACGGCGGUGCCGUUCCCCUCACAGCUCCGUAGGCAAGCACCAUGGUCUUGUAGCAGAUGCGAGCUUCAACUGGAAGCCAGUGGAGUGUGCGGAGGAGCGGGGUGGCGUGAGAGAACUUGGGAAGGUUGAACACCAGAAGGGCUGCGGCGUUCUGGAUGAGUUGUAGGGGUUUAAUGGCACAGGCAGGGAGCCCAGCCAACAGCGAGUUGCAGUAAUCCAGACGGGAGAUGACAAGUCCCUGGAUUAGGACCUGUGCCGCUUCCUGUGUAAGGCAGGGUCGUACUCUGCGAAUGUUGUAGAGCAUGACCAUGUGCUGGGUGGAGAUUAUAACAGUACAUGGCCAUUAAGGCCAGAUUUUUCUCCAAGAUGUUCAAAAGUUCAUAGAUGACCAGCAGGGUCAAAUAAUAAUCACAGUGGUUGUAGGGGUUGCAACAGGUCAGUACAUCAGGAGUAAAUGUCACUUGGCUUUUCAUAGCCGGACAUUUAGAGGUUGAAAUAGCAGGUGCAGUAGAGAGAGAGAGUUGAAAACAGUAGGUCUGGGACAAGGUAGCACGUCCGGUGAACAGGUCAGGGUUCCAUAGCCGCAGGCAGGAGAGUUGAAACUGGAGCAGCAGCAUGACCAGGUGGACUGGGGACAGCAAGGAGUCAUCAGGCCAGGUAGUCCUGAGGCAUGGUCCUAGGGCUCAGGUCCUCCGGGAGGGGGAAAUAAAGAAUUAGAGGGAGUAUACUUAAAUUCAUACCGGAUAAGACAGGAGAAUAACACCAGAUAUAACAGACUGACCCUAGCCCCCCGGCACAUAGACUAUUGCAGCAUAGAUACUGGAGGCUGAGACAGGGGGUCGGGAGACGCUGUGGCCCUGUCCGGACAGGGCCAACCAGGCAGGAUAUAACCCCACCCACUUUGCCAAAGCACAGCCCCCACACCACCAGAGGGAUAUCAACAGACCACCAACCUACUACCCUGAGACAAGGCUGAGUAUAGCCCACGAUGAUCUCCUCCACUACACGAGCCCGAGGUGGCGACAAACCGAACAGGAAGAUCACGUCAGUGAUUCAACCCACUCAAGUGACGCACCCCUCCUGGAGACUGCAUGGAAAGCACCAGUAAGCCUGUGACUCAGCACCCUUAAUAGGGUCAGAGGCAGAUAAUCCCAAUGGAGAGAUGGGAACCGGCCAGGCAGAGACAGCAAGGGCGGUUCGUCGCUCCAGUCCGUUCACCUUCGCACCCCUGGGCCAGACUACACUCAAUCAUAGGACCUACUGAAGAGAUGAGUCUUCAGUAAAGAAGAGACCGAGUCUCUCUCACAUGGAUAGGCAGACCAUUCCAUAAAAAUGGAGCUCUAUAGGAGGAAGCCCUGCCUCCAGCUGUUUGCUUAGAAAUUCUAGGGACAAUAAGGAGGCCUGUGUCUUGUGACCGUAGCGUACGUGUAGGUAUGUACGGCAGGACCAAAUCGGAGAGAUGGGUAGGAGCAAGCCCAUGUAAUGCUUUGUAGGUUAGCAGUAAAACCUAGCACUGGAGUAAUAUGAUAAUUUUCUGGGGUUCUAGUCAAGAUUCUAGCAGCCGUGUUUAGCACUAACUGAAGUUUAUUUAGUGCUUUAGCCGGAGAGUAGAGCAUUGCGGUAGUCUAAUCUAGAAGUGACAAAAGCAUGGAUUAGCUUUUUGAGUUAAGUUUCUGAUUUUUGCAAUGUUAUGAAGAUGGAAAAAGCGGUCCUUUAAAUGUUCUUGAUAUGUUCGUCAAAAGAGGGAUCAGGCUCCAGAGUAACGACCAAGGUCCUUCAGUUAUUAAAUUUUUUUUGGAGACUCAUCAAGAUUUAUUGUCAGAUCCAACAAAAGAUCUCUUUGUUUCUUGUGACCUAAAACUAGCAUCUCUGUUUUGUCCGAGUUUAAAAGUAACACAUUUGCCGCCAUCCACUUCCUUAUGUCUGAAACACAGGCUUCCAGGGUAGACAAUUUUGGGGCUUCAACAUGUUUCAUCAAUGUACAGCUGCGUGUCGUCCACAUAGCAAUGAAAGUUAACAUUGUUUCCAAAUGACAUCACCGAGAGGUAAAAUGUAUAGUGAAAACAAUAGUGGUCCAAAAACGGAACCUUGAAGAACACCGAAACUUACAGUUGAUUUGUCAGAGGAUAAACCAUCCACAGAGACUAACUGAAUCUUUUCGACAGAUAAGAUCUAAACUAGGCAAGAACUUGUCCGUGUAGACAAUUAAGGUUUCCAAUCUCUCCAAAAGAAUGUGUUGAUUGAUGGUGUCAAAAGCAGCACUUACGCUUCGAACACACCGACUGCGUCAUUGCGUUUUGGUACACCAGAAGUACAUUAAUUUCCAAUGGAAAGCUGUGUUUGCCUUGCAGCAUUGCGUUGCAGGGGCAGUUGCAGUGCGUUGUGUGUGUGUGUGGUGCAUACGUUGGAUUUAUCAAAUGUAUGCGGCAAACUGUAUGCGUACAGUUGACAGAAAUGGUAGCAGAAGGUGAAUGUUGAACUUUUGUUGCCCACAUCUAGAUGAUGCUGCAUACUAUUUUGCGCAAUGACUCAGUCGGUGUGUUCAUAGCGUAAGGUCUAGGAGCACGAGGACAGAUGCAGAGCCUUGGUCUGACGCCAUUUAAAAGGUAAUUUACCACCUUCACGAGUGCAGUCUCAGUGCUAUGAUGGCGUCUAAAACCUGACUAAAGCGUUUCGUAAACAUUAUUUGUCUUCAGGAAGGCAGUGAGUUGCUGCACAACAGCUCUUUCAAAAAAUUGGAGGAAUGGGAGACUUGAUAUAGGCUGAUAGUGUUUUACAUUUCUGGGUCAAGGUUUGGCUUUUUCAAGAGAGGCUUUAUUAAUGCCACUUUUAGUGAGUGUUACACAUCCAGUGGAAGCCAUUUAUGUUCAACAUAGGAGGGCCAAGCACAUGAAGUAGCUCUUUCAGUAGUUUAGUUGGAAUAGGGUCCAGUAUGCAGCUUGACGGUUGAGGCAAUGACUAUUUUCAUGAAUGUGUCGAUAUAGGAUAAAAAAAACUUGAGUGUCUCCAUUGAUCCUAGGUCCUGGCAGUUUUGUGCUGACUCAGGACAACUGAGCUUUGGAGAAAUAUGCAGAUUCAAAGAGGAGUCUGUAAUUUGCUUUCUAAUGAUCAUGAUCUUUUCGUCGAAGAAGUUCAUGAAUUCAUCACUGCUGAAGUGAAAGGCAUCCUCUCUUGGGGAAUGCUGCUUUUUAGUUAGCUUUGCGACAGUAUCAAAUAUACAUUUUUGAUUGUUCUUAUUCUUCUCAAUUAGGUUGGGAAAAAUAGGAUGAUCGAGCAGCAGUGAGGGCUCUAUGAUAUUGCACUGUACUUUAUUUCCAAGCUAGUAGGAAGACUUCCAGUUUGGUGGAAAGCCAUUUUCGUUCCAAUUGUCUGGAAGCUUGCUUCAGGGCUCUGGUAUUUUCUGUAUACCAGGGAGCUAGUUUCUUGUGCCAAAUGUUUUUUGUUUUUAGGGGUGCAACUGCAUCUAGGGUAUUACGCAAGGUUAAAUUUAGAUCCUCGGUUAGGUCGUUAACUGAUUUUUGUACUCCGACGUCCUUGAGUAGGUGAGGUGGAGGGAGUCUGGAAGGACCUCUAGGAAUCUUUGGGUUGUCAGAGAAUUUAUAGCACAGCCUUUGAUGAUCCUUGGUUGGGGUCUGAGCAGAUAAUUUGUUGCGAUUGCAAAUGUAAUAAGAUGGUGGUCCGAUAGUCCAGUAUUAUGAGGAAAAACAUUUUGAGCCACUAUUUAUUCCAUGAGACAAAACUAGAUCCAGGGUAUGACUGGCAAUGAGUAGGUCCGGAGACAUGUUGGACAAAACCUACUGAGUCGAUGAUGGCUACGUAAGCUUUUUGGAGUGGGUCUGUGGACUUUUCCAUGUGAAUAUUAAAGUCACCCAAAAUUAGAAUAUCUGCCAUGACUACAAGGUCCAAUAGGAAUUCCGGGAACUCAGUGAGGAACUCUGAAUACGGCCCAGGAGGCCUGUAAACAGUAGCUAUAAAAAGUGAUUGAGUAGGCUGCAUAGAUUUCAUGACUAGAAGCUCAGAAGACGAAAAUGCAGUAAUGUUGGGGCGGGGUAAAUUGAAAUUUGCUGUCGUAAAUGUUAGCAACACCUCCGCCUUUGCGGUAUGCAUGGGGGAUGUGGUCACUAGUGUAACUAGGAGGAGAGGCCUCAUUUAACACAGUAAAUUCAUCAGGCUUAAGCCAUGUUUCAGUCAGGCCAAUCACAUCAAGAUUAUGAUCAGUGAUUAGUUCAUUGACCAUAACUGCCUUGGAAGUGAGGGAUCUAACAUUAAGUAGCCGUAUUUUGAGAUGUGAGAUAUCACAAUCUCUUUCAAUAAUGACAGGACUGGAGGAGGUCUUUAUUCCAGUGAGAUUGCUAAGGCAAACACUGCCAUGUUUAGUUUUGCUCAACCUAGAUCGACGCACAGACACGGUCUCAAUGGGGAUAGUUGAGCUGACUACACUGACUGUGCUAGUGGCAGACUCCACUAUGCUGGCAUGCUGGCUAUCAGCCACUAACCAGGUAAAGCCACAUACCCAAACUGGUGCCUUACUGAAUUCAUGGUAUCUGUAAUGUAACUGGCUGAGCUUCACCACUUCAACUGAUACACCAACAACUUUUCUAUUUGACAUUUAGUUUCACUGAGUUCAAGAUGCAACUAGUCACGAUACUUAGGUGCUGAUAUGAAUCGAUAGUAUUGCGAUACUCACGAUUCUAUAUGUAUUGCGAUUUGAUGUUCCAAACAUACUGCUCACUAUGUCUGCUGCGGAGAGACGAGAGAGCAUGAGAACUCGUUUUCAUCAGUCUGAAAUAAAAGCAUUGAACAUGUUGGCUCACUAUUUAAAAAGAAGCUGGAGAACAAGCUAUAGGAUAAAAAUACAGGCGUUUUGCCGCAGGUACAGCCUACUAACGCUACCUACAGUAGCAAAUUUGUUUUAAUAUUUCUGUCUUCAAAUCGAUACUUGGACUGAAAUAUUGAUAUAAUAUCGUCCAAAAAUAAUAUUGCCAUAUUGAACUAUCGGUUUUCCCCCCACCCCCAUCACUAGAUACAACCUCUAACUAUUUUCUUAGUUCAUCCAGACCCUUGUAUCCAAUUAACACCAUUUUGAUACUCAUUUUUUUUACGGAAGCAAAGCAUCCCUCCAUGUUCACUCUUUCCAUACAAGCAUUUCGCUACACCCGCAAUAACGUUUUCCUUUCUCUUCUAGUAUUGAUGCGUACAGGUCGACCAGGAUCAAGGAUAGUACGGAGAGGCCUCGUGUGAAGCAGGUCAUCGUGAGGAAGGAGGAGAUGUCUCGUAGAGCAGCAGAGGAACCCAGGAGCCAAGGACACACCAGCAUCAAACAGAAGAUGAAGGUAAAGGCACGGACAGACCGGUAGGAUUGUUGAGCGUCUGUCGGCCGAGAGUACUUAGCACCUCUGAACAGAGUGCCGGCUGUAAUUUGCAAACUGAUUCCACAUGUAGAAACGGACAAUGGUCCCUAUAACACACCGCGCUGACAGCGAACGAAUGGCCCCAUACUGUGCAGACUGACAGUCGCUCUGGAUAGAAGCUGGCUCGGUAACACAAUGCCAGAAGAAGAACAACUUACUUCAGAGGUGACCCUGUCAUACUGUUAGGAAUAGUAAGGGAUCUAGUAGUAGUAGAGGGUAUAAUAUCUCAGACUCUACAAAAACCAGACUUCAUAGAAUCAAGUGUAAGUGCUCUGAGUGCAAAAUAUAUUACCUCUUUCCCCUUCAUUCCAUGUAGGUUCUUCUGACCACUGAUGUUGAUUUCCUCAUUCCAUGUGACCAGUGAUGUCUUCUUUCUGAUUCCUUGUAGGUUCUGACAAAUGAGAUGAACCUGCAGCAGACCGUGAUCAGCCAGGCCAGCCAAGCUCUGAACUGCUGUACUGAUGAGGAGCAUGGGAAAGGCUCGCAGGUGGAGGCAGAGGCUGAGAGGCUGCUGCUUAUAGCCAGUGAGUUUCUCUUCCACCUCGACAACAUGGGUGCACACACUGACCGCCAAUCCCAAUUUGCGCCAUACCCCUUGGGACCGGCUGUGAUAUCUUGAGAUUAUUGACAUUUCGCAUAAACAUUGCAUUGUUUUCUUCAGUCUUUUCUUACAUGUAUUUUUCUUGUCUCCCUCCAGCGGAGAAGCGGGGGGCUCUGAAGGUGGAGCUAGACCGUCUGAAGGGAGAGGGUCCUAGUGGUCAGAGGAGGGGGCAGGGUGGGGACAUGGGGGUUACAGCCUCCAAGGGAUCCAUCUCCCUCCUGGAGCUACGACUGCCCCUCAAAGCUGACUUCGUCUGCUCCACUGCUAACAAUCCAGGUAGAGACCCAACAAUUGUUACUUGAUUAUCUCUUCUUUUUUUUACUAAUGUUUUGUAGUGUGUAAUGUGCCUGCGACCAAAUUGCCUUUCGUGGACAAAGUUCUAUUGAACUCCUGUUUCCCACAUUGUACUGUCAAAAACCAGAUACAAAUGUACAUUUCUCAAUCCAAUUGUAAUAUACGUUUACAUUUUAGUCAUUUAGCAGACGCUCUUAUCCAGAGCGACUUACAGUUAGUGAGUGCAUACAUUUUCAUACUGGCCCCCCCGUGGGAAACGAACCCACAACCCUGGUGUUGCAAGCGCCAUGCUCUACCAACUGAGCUACAUGUAUAGUGUGUUAGACUGAAGUCAUUACGUUUUCCACUUUAUAACUGUGUUUAUUCCAGAGUCGUCAAGCCAUUACUUCUUCAUCAUGAUCCGUGCUGGAGCUGAGAAUACAGUUGCUACUCCCCUGGCCAGCACACGUAGCGCUAUCAGUGGAGACGCAAUCACCUUCUCUACCAAGUUCACCAUGUCAGUUAAUUACAGAUUCUCUCUCUGAAAUUCUGUAGAAUAGAACCACUGUCAUGCAUGCAUGUCAUUCCCCAUACAUGUUCUAAUGCCUUUCUCUGUCUGUCUUCCAUUUUAGGCCUGAUGUCUCUAACGACUUCGCAAUUGAUAUUGAGGUUUACUGCCUGGUGAGUUCUUGCUGCUUUUGGCAAAUGCAGAUGUUAUUGUUUGAGGAGGACUGACUUCUUUGAGCUGAGAUAUUACUCUAACCAUGUUUAUUUCUUCAGGUGCAGAAGCGUGAGUUGAACCCUGACAAGAGGAAGAAGCCCAGCAAGUCAAAGGUAGUUAGAUUUUCUCAAAUGUGCCAAAACAAACUACAAAUCAGUUUAUUGAAUGUUGGAACUGAGCAUAGUCUUGUAUCUUGGCAGCUAGUUUCUGCUUGAAUACACUGCGAUUCCUGUGCAUCAGAAUAUGCAUUUAGAGCAGGGGUGUCAAACUCAUUUUAGCUCAGGGGCCACAUGGAGGAAAAUCUAUUCCCAAGAGGGCCGGACCGGAAAAAUCAUGGUGUAUAUAUAUAUAACUUAAAAACAACAACUUCAGAUUGUUUUCUUUCUUUUAAUACGAUCAACAUACAACAUAAAGCUGGAGCCUGAGGACAGUGUGUCCAAAAUAGUACAAGCACAACAUCACUAUUAAUCAUAAAACACGUCAAGUUUAUUUGAAAAUUAUAAAGAAAAAGAACGUAAACACACAAUGCCUCAGUGAUUAACAGAACUGUUUCACAGAUCACAGAACUAUAUCAGGGUGUCAUUUCUCAGGCAGAAAUGUAGAUAAAAAUAAUGAAAUCCUGUUCCCCAAACAAGUGCAAGAACCACAGAGUCAAGAAUAGGUUAAAUAUACAAAUAAAAUAAAAUCAAUUAAAAACAAUAGCACAUCAACAUAAAAACAUAUAAACAUAAAUCUGAAAGCGUUGCUCAAACUCCCGUAACAGUCCCGUUAUUUUAUCUUUGAACCGCUUCAUGUCUGCCACAUGUUGGGUCGCGCACACAUUUUUCAGACAGGGGAAGUGAGCUGCAUCACCACCGGCAAGUUGCGUCUCCCACAAUGACAGCUUCAACUUGAAAGAACGUAUGCUGUCAUAAUACUGCGUGACAACUUUGUUGCGCCCUUGCAGAUGUUUGUUCAAGUUAUUCAGGUGCUCUGUAACAUCCACCAUAAAUGCAAGGUCCUGCAUCCAUUCUGCGGAAUGAAAUUCUAACACUGGUUUGCCCUUUUCUUCCAUGAACUGUUCAAUUUGUUCUCGUAAAUUAAAGAAACGCCUCAGCACCUCGGCUUAACCAUCUUACCUCAGUGUGGUAUGGCAGGCCAUAGAUGUGGUCUUUCUCUCUGAGAAGGCUGUCAAACUGACGGUGAUUCAGGCUUCUGGAUUGGAUGAAAUUAACAGUUUGGAUGACCACCUUCAUGACGUUAUCCAUCUUUAAUGACUUGCAACACAAAGCCUCCUGGUGCAAAAUACAGUGAAAAGUCAAAAAAUCACGUCCUCCAUUUGCAGAUUGCACUUUCUCUCUGAACUUUGUCACAACGCCUGCUUUUUUCCCGAUCAUUGAGGGCGUACCAUCUGUAGCCAGGCUGACAGCGCGGGACCAGUCCACUCCGACCCUGUCCAGCGCGCCGACGAGUGCGGUAAAAAUAUCAGCUGCUGUCGUUGUAUCUGUCAUCGGCACCAACUCCACGAACUCCUCGGUGACGGUCAAUGUGUCAUCAACUCCGCGGAUGAAAAUGGCCAGUUGUGCAACAUCUGUAAUGUCCGUGCUUUCAUCAAUUGCAACCGAAAACGCAAUAAAUGACUUUACUUUUUGCUUCAACUGGCUGUCCAAACCCACUGAAAGAUCGGAAAUCCUGUCUGCAACUGUGUUUCUUGUCAGGCUGAUAUUUGCAAAAGCCUGCCGCUUUUCAGGGCACACAAUCUCCGCUGCCUUCAUCAUGCAUGUUUUUACAAAUUCACCCUCACUAAAUGGUUUUGAAGCCACUGCGAUUUCAUUAGCAAUGAGGUAGCUAGCUUUCACUGCAGCGUCACUGUCUCGGCUGUGAGUAAACACAGACUGCUGUUUCUUCAGACCCGCCAACAGUUCAUUCACCUUCUCUCAUCUCCGCUGUCCUUGAAAGUUGUCAUAUUUGUCGGCAUGAAGACUCACAUAGUGGCGACGAAGGUUAUAUUCUUUCAGCAUAAAUAGGAUGACCAUUUUUCUUGGAACACUCUGCACUCUGCGUCCACUUUUCUCUUUUUUGACAGAGACAUAUUGGGGCAAUGAGGGUGCCAAAGCACAUAAUGUUAAAAGUAGAAGCCGUAAUAAAUAUCGCGGGCAAAACAAAGUAGCUCAUUGGCUGCAUGUGCUUGACCUACUUGCUCUGCCCCGGUAUAAACAGUUUGCUUGCUUAACACAAUUGCUAUUGCGCCAUCCAGUGGACGCAAUUGGAACAGCAGUUUAUUUUAUUGAAAAAUUGCAGCGCAUUUUUAUACUUUACAAAAUUAUUAUUAUUUAUUUUUUCAAAAUCAUCUCGCGGGCCGGAUUAAACCCGUUUGCGGGCCUGAUCCGGCCCGCGGGCCGGACGUUUGACACCCCUGAUUUAGAGCAUUGCAUUUAGAGCUAUUUUCAAACAACGUCCCGUCUCUAAGAUGAGAUGGUGUGUGUUCAGAUGCUCCGGAGGCAUGUUCAUGAGGCCCUUGAGUUGUGCUUGUCGGUAUGGACUGAUUUUAAAACCCUACUCACCUUUUGGUGUGGGUGUACUGUAAUGUUACUACUCGGUAGUAGAACACAGCUAACACUAGGCCUACCAGGCCCUGGGCCUACUGCUGCCAUCACACACAUUAGGCUUUCAGGCUCCACUUCUUUUCAUUCCAACACAUGGUGAAAGGUCCCUUGUUGUAGGAUGGAAGGCUUUGUUCACAGCUCACAAUGGCAUAGUUGGCUUAGUCAGUGAUUUGAGUUAACCAUUCAUUCACUUGUCUGUGUCCCGACGUAACCUCUACUGAAACUGAAUCACUGUUUCUCUUUCUAGGCCAUCACUCCCAAGAGGUUCCUCGCCAUUACUGUAAGCUUUCAAUCUUACCAACCUCUAAUACAGAUAGUACUGCCUUGUGGUCAUAUGCAGAAUGUUUGAACACUUACCGUAUCUGUUCAGGGGGAUUGGUAGGAAUGAUUGCCUCAUGGAAAAUGUAGAAUUGCAUCAGUGAAUGCAUUAUAGUAAUAUUCUGUUACUGUGUAGGUUAUGCUGUCACAAAAAAAUUAAAAAUAUAUAUGUUGUAUGCACAGUCAGCGAUCUUGAAAAUGAUUCUAAACAUGCCUCCUCUUUCUAACUUCUCUCUCUCUCUAUUUGCCCCUGUAGAAGAGCAGUCUGACUCCAGGUAAGGAUACUUCUUCGGUUGAUGAAUUUGGACCCUGAUGUCUUGCGGUGCUUGUUUAAAUAACUCUGCUGCUAGUGGAUAUUUUUAUGAAGGUUUUACUUGCAGUUAUUGUGAUGUGUGGUUCUGUCUCACCUACUUAAGUUGAACUGACUUAUUAAUGUUGCAAGUCUCUGGAUGAUGAUGAUGUCUGCUUAAAUUACAAACAAAUUGCUAAAACAUCCUCCUAAUGCUCUUUGCAGUGGUGGCCAGUCCUGGGGGCCCUAAUGCAGUCCGCACCAGUAACUUUGUCCUGGUCGGGUCUCACAAGCUAAUGCUAGCCUCUAUUGGGAAAAACAAGUUCUCAUUGGAGAAGGUAAAAUCUGAAGACUUUUGUUACAUAAAAAAAAAAAAAAAUUAUUGAAAUGUUCUAACUCCAUUUUGCUUUCACUGUUGUACAAUGCAUUAACUUCCAUUAUAUCCUGAAUUCACCCUCUAUUUCCACUUUGGCUGUAUCUCUGCACACAAUGCCAGCUAAUGUCCAGGGUAAUCAUAGGGGAGGGGGUAACAUUUGUAGAGUUUAGAACUGAUAGUUGGCAGAGCAGGGAGACAGGCCUCCCAAUCUGACAGUGUUCUUUGUUCUCCCACCUGCACGGUCUGCGUGCUACCUACCAGCCUCUGACACGUAUUCACUCACACUCCUUGUUUCUCUCUUUUAGAUCAAAUAUGAAGGCAUUGAGAGAGAGCUUCUCAGAGACAUGUUUCACAGCAAGGUUGCUAAUUGAUCCACAACCACUUUUAAUAUUUUGGGAUUUGUGUGUGGUGGUUUGUGAUAAGAUAAUGUGGUUCUGUUGUGGCACCAACUAACAUUUCUAACCUCAAUCUACAAGUUAGUUGGUAUUGUCGUAAGGAAAAUAAGUUGUCCUGGAUAUCUUUUGUAUGUUGCACAGUUAAUGUAUCUCACCAUCCAUCCAAUGUAAUCUUCCCUACGAGAAGACAAGUCUUGCGUUUCAGUCUAAAGCCUGAUUAACACAAUCGGUCCUGUCACCCGAUGGAAGCGUUUUGUGGAGGUGUUGGUAGUCUUUCAGCUGAGGCCUGUGUUACAACAUGUCCUGUGUAAUCUGUAGGUGCCUUUCCUGUGCCCCUUGGAGGGACACAUCUACCUGAAGAUGCAGUGUGAGGUGGGCUCCUUGGUGGAGGAGAGAGGCUUCUUGGUGAGUACACACUGUCUUUGAACUGUGUCCCCUGCGCACCGCAAGACUGUUGGCCUGCUGAGCUAAAGCCUAUCAAUGUAUUUAUAAAUCCCUUUUUACACAGCAAUUGCCAGUGUGUUUACAGGAACCCUGCUUAGACCACAAAGAGCAAGCAGAAGUAGAGACAAAGCCUAGGCAUUCACGUCUUCAUGUCUCAGUCAAGGUUUAUUACACAAGCGGUUUCAAUAGCCUAAUCAACAUCCUUCUGUUUUUCAGACGAUGUUUGAGGAUGUGAGUGGGUUCGGAGCGUGGCACAGGAGAUGGUGUGUCCUGUCAGGAUACUGUAUCUCCUACUGGACCUACCCUGAUGAUGAGAAACGCAAGGUAAGAGAGGACGUGGAAGCCAACCUGCCUUCGAUCACUAUUAUUGGAGCCUUUAGUCUUGAAUAAUAAGCCCUGUGAGCCUCAUUUUGCAAUACCAUAGGACUCCAGUGGAAAUGAGACUUCAGUCUUUGUGUUAAUUCUUGAUAGUUUUAAUGUACCAGUAUGCCAAUUCAUGUUUCCUCCAAUUAGAGUAGCUUUUUAUGUAUUUUAAUUGUCAAUCAAUUUCUCUGGACGGAUCCAUGUCUUUCUAGAACCCAAUGGGUCGCAUCAACUUGGCCAACUGCACCAGUCGUAAGGUGGAGCCAGCCAACAGGGAGUUCUGUGCCCGGCCCAACACCUUUGAGCUGAUCACUGUCCGGCCUCAGCGAGAGAAUGACAGAGAGACGCUCGUCAGCCAGUGUAAAAACACAAUGUGUGUCACCAAGUAAGUCACUGGUCGAAGUUGCCAUAGUACGCUGUGUUUUGUAGGCAAAUACCUUGUGUGGAGCAAUUGUUUGCAGUCAUGAAGUAUGAUUGCUGAUUUUAUUACAUUUAAUGCACUGGAGCCCAAGUUUUCUAUUUUUUGCACUCUUCUCCCUGAAGUGAGCACUUAUUUACUCCCCCCUCAAAGGUUUUAAAACCAUUGGAUUGGUGUUUGCAGUGUCUAGUGUUAACAUAUUUCUUAAACCAAUCCAAUGCCUUCAAAUCCUUCAAGUGUGAACGAGUGCACACUUCAGGAAGAAGGAAACUGAAUUGGACUUGGGUCUCCAGUCCAGUAUACUGAAACGCAUGACAUGACUCUUUACGUGUACCUGCAGGAACUGGCUGUGUGCCGACACCAAGGACGAGAGGAACCUGUGGAUGCAGAAGCUCAACCAGAUCCUAGUGGACUUGCGCAUGUGGCAGCCAGAUUCCUGCUACAGGCCUGUGUGA